GAAAAUAUUUCCUUUCACUCGGCCAUUUUGUUGCGGAACCUUGAGACGUAUAAGUCGGAAAGAGGGUUCGAGUGUGGAAUUCCACCAGUAAAGCACAUCUAAAUUAACAACAUGGCAAAGGAAAAGACUCAUAUCAACAUCGUAGUCGUCGGACAUGUCGACUCUGGCAAAUCCACGACAACUGGUCACUUGAUCUACAAAUGUGGUGGUAUUGACAAGAGGGCAAUCGAGAAAUUUGAGAAAGAAGCUGCUGAGAUGGGCAAAGGCUCCUUCAAGUAUGCCUGGGUGUUGGACAAGCUGAAAGCCGAGCGCGAACGUGGCAUCACCAUCGAUAUCGCUCUGUGGAAGUUUGAGACCGUCAAGUACUACGUGACCAUCAUUGAUGCCCCUGGCCACAGAGAUUUCAUCAAGAACAUGAUCACUGGCACGUCCCAGGCUGAUUGUGCUGUGCUGAUCGUUGCCGCCGGUACUGGUGAGUUUGAGGCUGGUAUCAGCAAGAAUGGCCAAACUCGUGAGCACGGUCUCCUCUGUUUCACCUUGGGUGUCAAGCAGAUGAUUGUUGGUGUCAACAAGAUGGACAGUACCGAGCCACCUUACUCUGAGAAAAGGUUUGAUGAAAUCCAGAAAGAGGUUGGCGGCUAUUUGAAGAAGAUUGGUUAUAACCCCAAGGCAGUUGCAUUCGUGCCCAUUUCUGGUUGGCAUGGAGACAAUAUGUUGGAGCCGUCCGAGAAGAUGUCUUGGGCCAAGGGAUGGAGUGUAGAGAGGAAAGAAGGCAAUGCCACAGGGAAGACGCUCUUCGAGGCUUUGGAUUCGAUCUUGCCCCCCAAGAGACCCACAGACAAGCCACUCAGAAUUCCCCUUCAGGAUGUCUACAAAAUAGGAGGAAUUGGAACAGUGCCUGUGGGCCGAGUUGAAACUGGUAUCCUAAAGCCUGGCUGUGUGUGCACAUUUGCUCCUCCUAACAUCACUACCGAGGUCAAGUCGGUCGAGAUGCACCACGAAAGUUUAACGGAGGCUAAUCCAGGUGACAACGUAGGAUUCAACGUAAAGAAUGUUUCCGUGAAGGAAAUCAAGCGAGGGAUGGUUGCUGGUGACAGCAAGAACAAUCCACCAAAGGGCGUCUCAGAUUUCACUGCCCAGGUUAUCAUCCUCAACCACCCAGGUGAGGUCCAUGCUGGUUACUCCCCAGUCCUAGAUUGUCACACAGCUCACAUUGCUUGUAAAUUCCAAGAGUUAAAGGAAAAGAUUGACAGGCGGUCGGGAAAAAAGCUGGAGGAUAACCCCAAGUUUGUCAAGACGGGUGAUGCCGCUAUUGCUGUUCUCGUACCAAGCAAGCCUAUGGUUGUCGAAUCAUUCGUCGAUUUCCCCCCAUUGGGAAGGUUUGCUGUGCGUGACAUGAAGCAGACUGUGGCUGUCGGUGUGAUUAAGUCGGUCACCAAGAAGGAAUCCACUUCGGGUAAAGUGACGAAGGCCGCAGCCAAGGCUACCAAGAAGAAGUGAUUGCCGGCCGGAGAGAUAGCCCGCCAUGUUGUUAAAGAACUAGGUUCCAUAAAAAGACGCAUAGUGUUAUGACGAAAAGUUGAUUUAAUUCAUAAAAAGACUCCAUAUUGAAUUCCUUAUUUGCACUGUUAUUUAAGUAUUUAAAGAGACAAUGAGGAAUUGAUUACAGUGCCACUGCUAGAAAGCGGACCCUGCUUUUGUUGGACUUUGUGAAAAACGCAUCAUUGUCAUCUAUUUUAACCAUAGAACGACCUUUUACUUUUUGAUGAAGACAGCAUAUCUUUUCAAAUAAUCGAAUCGGAUGAGAACUAUGGCAUUUAAUUUGACUCCCUUUUCAAUCAGGUUUACGACAUGCUCUUUUUUUCCUUGCAAAUUAUUUGCUGUGCAAAGAUAUUUGUGUGAACCUAGUCAGGUGAAUUUUGUCUGUUUGUUGAAAUGGGAGACGGCCUAGUCAUUCCUGGAAAAAAGCUUUAGUCGCAACACGUGCUUGCAACGUAACAUCUUAGUGUCUGUACCAAGUGGUGUACUGCCCUCAGUCGGGCUAUUCAAGUAACUUGAUUUAAAUAAAUAUGUCUAAACUUA